AUGCCGCUUGCCGAGUUCUAUACCUCGCUGACGCUCAUCGAGAAGUACAUGGCCAACGACCACAUCAUCAAGAGCGGACAUGAAGUGGUAGCAGACCGCUGGCCGUUGGCUUGCCUGCUUCUGAUGGCCACAGGGAGCGCAAAGUCCCCGUACGCGGUGUCCUCUCCAUUCCCAGCCAAAGCGUUCGACGACGCCACAUGGGAGGCGAGCGGCAACACGUACAAAAUGCCGCUGCGCACCCGCGGCCCCGACCCCAUAUUGCACAGCGAAUACGCAGCCGUGUUCCUGCGGGAGCCGGACCUCUGCCGCCUGCGCUACGUGCUAGUAACGCGCGAUGCUCAAGGGCAGCUGGCGAUGUGCGACCCCGCCGACAUCGCCACUGCAGCGGGCGGCCCGGCGGCCCGGCUUGCUUGGGGUCGCGGCAUCGGCGCGCUGCCGCCGUGGAUAGAUAAGGUCAAGAAGGACGAGCGGUCCUCCAAUUGCCGGAAUAUUGCACUGCUCAACGCGGCGGCUGUGGAGACUAUGCUCGCCGCCGCCGCCGAGCUCUCCUUGCGGAAAGAGGAAAUUAACCGCGAAAUCUAUAAAAUGAGGAAAUAG